UUAUUUUUAACAUGAUUGACCCUGUCCUAAAAUCUGCGGGAGCAAAGAUUGUCGUCGCUUCAUCCCACGACGAGAAUUAUCCACCAGAAAACAUUAUUGACGGAAACACUAAAACAUUUUGGAUGACCACUGGGAUGUUUCCACAAGAGUUUAUUAUUCGUUUUGCUAAUUCUACCAACCUCAGUGCUGUGACAGUGGACAGCUACAAUGUGAGGAAUAUUAAGAUUGAAGUAAAUGACUCAGAAACAGCCAAAAAAUUUGAGCCUGUCAUAGAAAAGGAAUUUCCUCCUACACAGGGUCAUCUUCAGUCACAUGUUAUUUCACUAAAUGGAACUAAUGCAACACAUCUGCGGUUUAUAAUCAAAUCAGGUUAUGAUCAUUUUGUUUCUGUGCAUAAAAUCAGUGUUCAAACUUGAUUAUGUUUAAUAAAUACAAUGUUUU